AUGCCCAAUCUCACUACUGCUGCCGGAUCCCUGACCAACAGCGGUAUGAAAGAAUCACCAAAAAAAUCUCAAGAUGAGUCCGUCAAAGACAUCUGGAUGAAUCUCGAGUCAGAAGAUGCUGAAGGAGACAUCUGGGGCCAAACGCCACCCCCUUACGCCUACAAUGAGGACAACCCAGCAGGCCGCAAACUCCUUGCCCAGUUGCAAGAAAACUGGAUUGUGAUGCAACAAGAGGUGUCCACCUUAGUCCGCAAAUUAUCUAGCCUGGUUGUUGAACUUGAGCCGGUCUGA